AUGCUGCUUGCCAGGUCCAGAGUCUCUCAUGGGUCCCUGUACGGCCUCCCAUUGCUGCUGUCUCCAUCGCCACACUCUGCCAUGUGCCACUUUCAGGUCUCCUCACACUGCUGGUGUGUUACAUUUUUUGUCAUAGGGUGCUGGCAGAUUACGGGCCAUCCAAUUAGCUGCUGCCAAGGCCUGUGUAAUCUGCCAUGGUGCCCUAUUAACCCGCCUCCUCAUAGCCUGCUGCCAGGUCCAGAGUCUCUCAUGGGUCCCUGGUACGGCCUCCCAUUGCUGCAGUCUCCAUCGCCCACACUCUGCCCAUGUGCCACUUUCAGGUCUCCUCACACUGCUAGGUGUUUGAAGAUUUUUUGAC